CUCGUCUUUUGACACCGCUUCCCCGCUUCCCCGCCAGCCCAGCCACCAUGAUUGCGCUGGUUAUUGCUAUCUUUGCUGCGGCCUGGCUGUUGCCGGAAAUCAACGCUGCCGAGGAUAAUUCGCAGAUUCAGGUCCAUGGAAGUGUGAUAUUCGCUCGCACUGGCGAGAGAACGCCCGUUCUCGAGUCGAACACUCCUCGGAUCCUCACUUCUCUGGGCGCAAAUCAAAUGUAUGAGCUCGGAAGCAACUUUAGAGGUCGCUAUAUCAACUCAUUCGACGGGCACAUUGGCCUUGGGCAGCAGCCUAUUUCUGGGCUUUCGUCUAAUGUUGUCAACAAUGACGAGAUUUAUAUCCUCACCACAGACAGCUCAUACACAAUAGCCUCAGCCCAAGCGUUCAUGCAGGGCCUCUAUCCCCCAUUUACCUUGAAUGAGACUACCGCCCAAAUGUUAGAUGCUACAAACAUCUUAGCGAACGGGUCGUACAUUGACUAUCCACUCUCGGGCUACCAAUACCCCAGUAUCUAUACCGCCUCAGACCUAGAGCCAAUGUCGGUUUGGAUAGAAGGGUCAGCCAACUGUCCUGCGAACGACGUGGCUAUCGAGGAGUAUUAUGACACUAAAGAAUUCUGGGAAACCCGAAACUCGUCAAUGCCACUCUAUUGGGCCACUGGAUUCAACACGAUGUUGAGUGACGUUCUUGUAGAGUCCCAAUGGGAUUACUCUCAUGCCUAUCUCAUCUAUGACUACCUAAACUACCAAUAUUCGCAUGACCAAGAUACCUAUGAGCUUUUCUCGGAGAACGAUACCUUCGCGGGCGCCUACGACGAGCUCAGGUUCCUCGCAGAUCAACAAGAGUGGGGACUCUAUGGCAACAUAUCCGCAGAUUCUGAUUCUCAGAUCAGAGCUAUAGCAGGCAAAACUCUGGCUGCGAAAGUUCUUGGACAAUUCCAACAGCUCGUAUCUGCCAGUGGUGAAACGCCAAAGCUCACUCUAUUUGUCGGCGAACACGAACCUUUCGUUUCAUUUUUCUCCCUUGCUGAGCUGCAGUUUCUGAACUCAAAUUUCUUCGGCAUGCCAGAAUAUGCUAGCGCAAUGGUAUUCGAGCUUUUCUCUGUCGGUAAUAAUGACUCGGGGUUCCCGACCGACGAAACUGAUCUCUGGAUUCGCUUCCAUUUCCACAACGGAACAGAUAUCGCAGCAAACGGCACUUUGCAGUCCUUCCCUAUGUUCAACCGCGGCCCCAGCCAGACGGACAUGCCAUGGCUCGACUUCGAAGACAUGAUCCCCAAAUCCGCAGCCCCCUCACUAAUACCGCUUCAGACCUCCAGCGUUCUCGACUGGUGCAACGCAUGCAGCUCCCAGGCGUUCUUCUGUCUCGCAUUCGACGACACCAUUGUCAUAAACAGCACAUCUCACAGCAGCGACAUGACUCCCCAGGUCGCCGGCGUCAUCGGCGCAGCCGUAACCCUCGGCGUUCUCCUAAUCGCAUUCAUCCUCGCCCUGCUAGUUGGAGGUAUCCGCUUCCAAAAAGUCACUCGCGGCAAAAAAUCGGAGCUAGGCGGGUUCAAAGGCUCAGAUAAGCUCCACAGCGACGCGGACCUCAACCUCCCCAAGAAUGGCGCUGUCGCAGGCAUCGUCAGCAUGGGAAAUGGCGAUAAGAAAGAGCCGAAGGAGCGUGUUGGCAGCUGGGAACUCCGCGCCAAGGAGGGUGGUAAAGAUAUGGGAGACAGCAUCAGUAGACGAGAGAGCCUAGACGAAGAAGCUGGCGUGAGUCCCUAUGCUAAGCCUGUGGCGCCGAAUGAGACAGUGUAG